AUGCGCAGUAUUGCCAUACGUGGCAUUAACCACAACAACAGUUCCGGCAGUAAAAUAAUUUUCCUUUUUUUAUAUAUUUUAUUAUAAUUUGUUAAUUAUUUAUUUGAAAAAAAAAGUUUACAUUUGUUAUGAUAUUGUGGAAAUAAUCGACGAUUUAUUAAACAAAAUCCGGAGAUCCUCCGCUGAUUAAAAUAUUGUGCCUUUGCUGAACCAAAAUUCACAGCAAAAGAUGCCAGAACUCCAAGGGCUUCCAACUUCACAAGGUCUUCCAUUUCCUGGCCAGACAGUUGGUCCCUGUCCCCAGGUUCCUGAUCAACAACAACUACAACAACAACAGAUAAACCAAUAUUCUGGACAACAGCCUCUCAUGAAAAAUCCGAAUCAAAUAUCUCCUCUACUGGAUCAAUCAAAUUCCCCAGGUUAUCAACAAAGCCAAUUUCCCCCAUCUUCACUGCCAGGUCAAUUAAAUUCCUCUGGACCUCCACAAAACCAAUAUCCACCAUCAUCAUCAAUACCAGGACAAGUCUUUGGUUCUCAAUAUCCUCCAAAUUCAUUGCCGGGACAGAAAAAUAGUCCUCCAUCAAUGAUGGGACAAUCGCCGUUUCCAUCAUCGACCCCAAGGAAGCAAGAUCCAUCCGUUCCUUUAUUGCCUGGUCAACAAAAUUUACCCUCAACUGGACCACAAUCUUCAUUAGGUUCGGGACAACAAAUUUCCUCCGGUCCUCCAUUAUCUGGGCAGCAAAAUUUACUUCCAGUAGCUUCCAUUCCGGGGCAACAGAAUUUUCCCAAUCCUAUGGGAGGGCAACAAAAGAAUCCCUUAACAACAGGAGAGAACAAUCAUUUUGGCUCGAUGCCAGGCCAGAAUAAUGCAAUUAGAAGUCCUCCAUCAUCGGGACAAGAAAGUCUACAAACUCCUGUGAGAGGUCCUCCAAUGCCGGGUCAACAGAAUUUCUCCAGUUCGUUGGGAGGACCUCAGAUGCCAAUGCCACAAAGUCUACAAACUGCCGUUGGAGGUCCUCCAAUGCAACAGAAUUCGUUGGGAGGAGGUCCGAUGUUAGGGCAACAAAGUUUACAAUCUCCAGUUGGAGGUCCACCGAUGCCGGGCCAACAAAACACAAUUAGAAGUCCUCAAUUGUCGGGACAACAAAGUCUGCAAUCUUCAGUUGGAGGUCCUCCAAUGCCAGGGCAGCAGAAUUUCUCCAAUUCGUUGGGAGGACCACAGAUGCCAAUGCCACAAAGUCUACAAACUGCCGUUGGAGGUCCUCCAAUGCAACAGAAUUCGUUGGGAGGAGGUCCGAUGUUAGGGCAACAAAGUUUACAACCUCCAGUUGGAGGUCCACCGAUGCCGGGCCAACAAAACACAAUUAGAAGUCCUCAAUUGUCGGGUCAACAUAGUCUGCAAUCUUCAGUUGGAGGUCCUCCAAUGCCAGGGCAGCAGAACUUCCCUAAUCCGAUGCUAGGACCCCAGAUGCCAGGGCAACAAAGUUUACAACCACCAGUUGGAGGUCCUCCAAUGCCCGGCCAACAGAAUUUUCCUAAUCCGAUGCAAGGACCCCAGUUAACAAGACAAAAUCCAAUGGCAGGUCCUCCAAUGCCAGGACAGCCUAAUUUCCCCAAUCCAAUGGUAGGACCACAAACACCGGGACAAAAUUUACCCGGACAAGGUUCGAUGCCCUAUCCAGGACAACUGCCAAGUAUGCAACCCCAUUUGACUGGUAAUCAAGCUCCAGGAAUGAAUCAAUAUGGACAAAAUUCGUACAUGGGUCCACCUCUACCGGGUCAACCUCCAAUGCCCGGAAAUCCUGGUUAUCAGCAAGGUUACCAAAACUCAUACCAGGCAGGAUAUCAACAACAGCAAGCCAGAAGAUUAGAUCCCGACAAUAUGCCAAAUCCCAUUCAAGUAAUCCAAGACGACAGAAACUCACGAACUGGUCCCUUUAUCACCAAUCAAAAAGGUCUGGUUCCACCUCUAGUGACCACUAAAUUUACCGUUCAGGAUCAGGGUAAUGCAUCGCCGCGAUUAAUACGCUCUACAAUGUACACGGUGCCCACGACAACGGAUAUUAUGAAACAAACAAGUGUUCCAUUUGGUUUGAUUCUAAGUCCAAUGGCACGUGUCGAGGAUGGCGAAUAUGAACCACCAAUUGUCGAUAUGGGAGAAAUUGGUCCAGUGCGUUGUAUUCGUUGCAAGGCGUACAUGAGUCCAUUUAUGCAAUUCAUUGAUUCGGGUAGACGAUUUCAAUGUAUGUUCUGUAAAGCAACUACUGAAGUACCAGCGGAAUAUUUUCAACAUUUAGAUCACACUGGUCAACGAAUGGAUAGAUAUGAACGUCCUGAAUUGAUGCUCGGUACUUAUGAAUUUAUGGCAACAAAAGAUUACUGUCCGGAGAAUAAAUUUCCCAAUCCACCGGCAAUGAUAUUUAUCAUUGAUGUCACGUACAAUACAAUAAAAUCGGGUUUAGUGAAUUUAAUUUGCGCGGAGAUGAAGAAUAUUAUACGUAAUUUGCCAAUUGAUGCAGGACAAACGAGAACAAAUAUGAAAGUUGGAUUUAUUACCUACAAUAAUACGGUGCAUUUUUAUAAUAUUAAAUCGUGUCUUGCACAACCGCAAAUGAUGGUUGUUGGCGAUGUACAGGAUGUUUUUAUGCCAUUAUUGGAAGGUUUUCUAUGUGAUGCUGAAGAAAGUUUGGAAGUUAUUAAUAAUCUAAUGAGCCAAAUACCAAUGAUGUUUGCCGAUACACGUGAAACGGAGACAAUACUCGCGCCAGCAAUUCAGGCAGGAUUGGAAGCAUUAAAAGCAUCGGAGUGUGCUGGUAAAUUAUUGGUAUUUCAUUCGUCUCUACCAAUUGCUGAGGCUUUUGGUAAAUUGAAAAAUAGAGAUGAUAGAAAUUUACUUGGAACUGAGAAGGAAAAAACAAUUCUUACGCCGCAGAAUAAUGUUUAUAAUACACUUGGUCAGGAUUGUGUUGCCGCUGGAUGUUGUGUGGAUCUUUUUAUCGUUAAUAAUUCCUAUAUUGAUAUUGCAACAAUUGGACAAGUUUGUCGUCUCACUGGUGGUGAGAUUUAUAAAUAUACUUAUUUCCAAGCUGACAUUGAUGGCGAAAGAUUAAUUGCCGAUGUUGUUAAUAAUAUCAGUAGACCAAUUGCCUUUAAUUCUGUAAUGCGAGUGAGAACAUCCACUGGUGUUAGACCAACGGAUUUUUAUGGUCAUUUCUACAUGUCAAAUACAACGGAUGUUGAAUUGGCGAGUAUCGAUUGUGAUAAGGCGAUUGCAAUUGAAGUGAAACACGACGAUAAACUUGCCGAGGAAGAGGGUGUCUAUGUACAGGCAGCACUUCUUUAUACUUCAUGCGCUGGUGUCAGGAGAUUAAGAAUCAUCAAUCUCAGUCUUAGGACCUCGUCACAAAUAGCCGAACUUUAUCGAUCCUGUGAUUUGGACGCAAUUAUUAGUUUUUUCUCGAAAGAAAGCGUUUUUAAAUUAUUAGAACAUUCGCCAAAGGCAGUUAAGGAGAAUCUUAUUUCAAGAUGUGCCAAUAUUUUAGCUGCUUAUAGAAAAAAUUGUGCAGCACCAAGUAGCGCUGGACAAUUGAUUCUUCCGGAAUGCAUGAAAUUGCUACCACUCUAUGUCAAUUGUUUAAUGAAAAGUCAUGCAAUAUUUGGUGGUGCUGAAAUAUCAAUUGAUGAUAAAUCUUGUGAAAUACAAGCGGUUUCUAAAAUGCCCGUCCAUACGUCAGUCAAUUAUUUUUAUCCCCGAAUGUUUGCUUUACAUAAUUUGAAUCCACAGGAAACUGAUUUACCACAAACGAUAAGGUGUUCAAUUGAUAAAAUAACUGACGAUGGAUGCUAUUUAUUAGAAAAUGGAAUUCACAUGUUCCUGUGGCUUGGAUUGGGACUCAAUGCACAAUGGGUUCAAGAAGUAUUUCAAGUUCCGUCCGUUGUUCAAAUUGAUACGGAACGUUCGAAAAUUCCAAUUCUAGAUAAUCCGCUAAAUAAGCGUGUUAAUGAAAUAAUUGCCCGAAUUAAUGAUGAACGACAUCCACGCAUGAGGUUGACAAUGGUGAGACAGAGAGAAAAAUUAGAAAUGGUAUUUCGACAUUUUCUUGUUGAAGAUAAAGGAACAGAUGGUAGUGGAAGUUAUGUUGAUUUUCUCUGUCAUAUGCACAAAGAAAUACGAGCAGUUCUUAGUUAAUAAAUUAAAAAUAUAUAUAUUAUGUAUAUUAAAAUUUCCUGAGGAAAAAAAAAAAUUAAAUUGUUCUAUAUAUAUAGGUAUAAUAAUAAUUGAAAAGAGAAAUAUUAGCAUUUAUGUGAAAAAAAAGAAAAUUUAUUUUCAACUAUAAAAAUUCUUUGAAUAUUGAAUAA